AUGGCCGAACUGGCUCUCCGCGGUCGGGAUCAGCCUGAUAUCCGAGCGAGGAUCAGCAUCCACGAUGACGACUCUCCCAAUGAUCUCAAAGAACUCCAGCUUGCAGACCAAACACAGAGAGCUUUACGUUCGAAGCAUUCGUGGACUCCCCCCGAAGCAGUCGCAUCGUUGCAGAGAGCCGCUUUGCGCAAGGCCCGGACGCUUCCUUAUCCUUAUCGACCGGGCCACUUCAGCGACAUCCCCGCCUCGGACGCCCUGCCCUGCCCGAUCAUCCGCUCCAACAGCCUGAAUUCCCUGUCAACGAUACAGCGAGAAACCGAAGCCGCGUCCUUGAGUCUCUACAGAGGAUCUCCGAUAUCUGCGAUUGGUCCUUCCUAUGCUGCCCCGUCCUGGACAGUCAGUAUCGACGAGGAGCUCCAGGACCCAUGUCCACCGCGACUCCCGCUGCGGGUAGAGACCCUCAGCGAGCAGCGCAAAGUUCAAAAGCGCUUGAAGAAGUCCUUGAAGAAACAGGAGAAGGAGCAGGCCAAGGCGCAAAAGGAAGAAGAACAACUACGUCGAGCAUUCCUGGCAGCUGAUGUCGCUGCUGCACGAAGGAAGGAUGCGGCAGCCAGGGGAGAGCCCCUUCCUCUACGCACAAAGAGCACCAGGAGCAUUGCCUCACAGGUUGUCAAGAGCUUUAGCUUGAAGUCUCACCUGAGAAAACUGAGUCGCCAUGUCAGACGGGAGAAGGCCGAACCGCCAACUCUAGAUGACUUUGACAGCAAAUCGGCCAUUCGAGAGUAUCUCAAUCCCUCUCCACUCCCACCAGCAUCCCCACCUCCUCUGUCAGCUGGGAUAGCGGAGCUGCCUGCCGAGCUCCCCCAGUACACGCCCUUUCAAGACUCCACGAGGACUCAAGACAAUGAACCUGUUGCUCUUCUGGAAGACGCGAAUCCGGCAAGAGAAAAGGAUGUUGUUGCGUCGCCUGUUACGGAAAAUAACCCGGAUGCCACUGGUUCGCAGCCAAAACCGAAGUCAAUGAGAUGCGACUCAUGCCAGAGCCCGAUCCGCCUGAGCCAGGUGUACUACCACUGCACGAUCUGUGACGGUGGAGACAGAAUACUUUGCUCUUCAUGUGAUCAGGCUGGCUGGAGCUGUCGGCACGACCUGACAGAGAAGGUGCGUAGUGUAUCUCGCCCUGAUGCCGCGGAGAAGACCAAUGCAUCCGACUCGAUUAGAGAACCCAACCGGUCAGGAGCCCAACAAUAUGCUGGCGCUACGUGGGGUUUGAAAAUGUCAGAUGUCUCUGUCCGUUCAAGUCGGUGGACCGAGUCCCCCAUGGAAGCCACAAUCUCGGCAGCAAGCCCCUGGGCCUUCAAUGACAUUGUGGACCAGAACAAGCUACACGCAGCUGAGAAAAAGGAAAUACCCUUGAGCCAGCAGCUUUCUGAUGACUCCAGAGAGCUGGACUAUCGCCGGCGCGAACUAGAGAUGGAGUUUCGUGACAGGCUGAUCGCCAUGAGAGAGAAAGAGACUGCCCUACGGGAGCAAAAUGCCUCAUACAGAGAGCAAGAGGCUGCGCUCCACAUGAAACAGCAGGUGUUCUCAUUGCAGCUGGAAUCUGCGAUCGCCAGACAGAUGACCGGACUGUCUUCUGGUGUGGGGACACAAUUUGAGGACCUCUUGCAGCAUGAUAAGAUUCGAGCUCAUGCCACCAAGCGCAAGGCCGGGGCUGGGCAAGCCGUGGUGUCACCCGCUAAUUCCACAGGCUCAAAUCAGAAGCAGUCACCAAAGCGUACUCCAAGCCGUGGCCAAGAUGCAGAGGAGGACGAGGAAGAUGCGCCCAGUGGCACGCCCAAAAAGAUCAAGCAAGAACCAGAUGCCCUUCAGUCUCCUGAGAAGCUCUUUGCCUGCCCAUUCUGCAAAUUCGACAAAUCAAAGUACUCGGAGCAGAACGUGCAGGAGAAGCAGUAUCGUGGAUGCUCGAGCGGAUACUGGCCAGACAUCUCACGCCUGAAGCAACAUCUUUAUCGAGUCCACUGGCGGCGCAUUCACUGUACCCGCUGUUAUGCUCGUUUUGACCGCAAAGAUCAACUGGAUCAGCACCGCCGUGCCGCAGCCUCCUGCGCUCUGGUAGAUUGUCCAUAUCCGGAGAAGUUCGACGAGGCGCAAUACAACGAGAUUCGCCGUAAACGACCAGCAAGCACUUCUGAACAGGUCUGGUACACUAUCUACGGUAUCCUGUUCCCCGAUCUGCCGCGUCCGGCAAGUCCUUAUGCAGAUAAUGUGGAUAUGCCGUCCGCAGUCAGCCCUGGUCCGACAGACACAAGAGACACGAUGGACGUGCUAGGGGAGGUAUUUGAAUCACGUCUGGACCGUCUUACUAACGCGCCGGGUCAGGGUUGGCUCCAGUCGGCGGAAGCGAGGCAACUCAUCCGUGAGCAGUUGAGAGCAUCCAUGACGGACGUCCUCCACAGGUUGAGACCCGCGAAUAGUCCUUCUUUGGGCAACCCUUCUGGGGAUGUGUCCCCGAUUUCAGCCGGGGCACCAGACUCGGCACGGCGUAGCUCUAUAUGUCUCACAACACCAGCGUCUUCAAUUCCACCCUCUCCUGUACAUGGCCCUGGUUCAGCCAACAGAGCUGGGUCGGAUAUGCAUUUCCUUUCACCGGGACAUCGCCACAGUUUCAGCAGACCUUUCUCGGCCAGAACAGUGCCGCAGCUUUCCACGCCACAACCACCUCAAAAGAUCGAGCUUGGAGACGAGCUGACCUCUGGGGUGACCUUCCCCGUGCCUAUGGCUAUCGACCCCGAGAAUGACAGAUACGAUGAGGAGUGCAACAGUUGGAGCCAUGGGGACGAGCGCGGUCUUGCCAUAUCGACAGAUUCGAUGCCAGCGGAUUUCAACUUUGACUUUGCAGCGGCAUUUGAGGAUCUACACAAAAUGGAGAUUGAGUCGGCCUCGGCAGCUAUAACCGAAUUCGUUCCAGUCAAACUUGCUAGUCUCGAUGACCCAGCUGCCGGAACGUUUACGGGUUCCAGUACUCUGAAGCCCAAGCACUCGACCACGUCAUCUGUCGACUCGGGCUACGGCAGCCUCGGCCAUGCAGCGUCUUCAGCCUCAGCGUCCACCUCGUCCUCGUCAUUCGGGACCGGUCCCAGUCCGAAGACGGUCCAACAAGGCAAGAACAAGGGCAAGCGAAAAGCGGCGCAAGCAGCAAGAGAACCAAGUCCUGUGCCAGAGUCGGCGAUCAAUUACGAUGCUUUGGAGGUUCCCUUUCAGGAUUUUUCCGGCGUAAAUCUGGACUUGGACUUGGAAGGACACCUAUCGCAGUAUGGCGUCGACUUUGGACAUCCCAACGGCGGUGGCAAUGUGAAUGUAAAUACGGGUGCUGCCAAUGUUUCGGCGUAUUUGGACAGGAGGUAUCCUCGAGGCGUUCAAGGGGCGGGAGGAGGAAGGUAG